AUGCAGGACGGAGAUACCACACAGUUUCUCGUCGUCGCCAUGAUCGCCCAGCACAUUGACCCAGAUAUGCUCACGAAGAUGUGCCAAUUCACUAGCACAUACUAUCGCCAACCAUAUCCCGCUCUUGAAGAAGUACAACAGACAGGCGCCGGCAAAUACGUCCUCGUUACCGAAGCUUCGGAGGAGAUCGGCCGGGCAAUCGCUUCCUCGUGGGCAAAGGCGGGAGCCGCCGGUAUCGCCAUCAGCAGUCGCAAUGAAGACGAUCUCGAGCCCGUCAUCGUCAGGCUGAAGCGACUCAACCCCACAACACGGGUCCUGGCCAUGGCUUGCGACACCACAAAAUCGGCCGAAGUCGCCAGACUCUUUGAUGCGAUAAGAGAUGAGUUUGGCCAACUCGAUGUAGUCAUCGCAAACGUCGGUACCGCACAUCUCAGCAGAAUAGAUGAGACCGACGACAACGACGAGUGGUGGGCCGAUAUGACAACGAACUUCCGCAGCACACAUCUUCCCGCCCACCAAUACAUCCGCACGUUUGGUCCUGCACCAACCGGAACAUUCAUCUCCAUCACAUCCGGUGCGGGUACGGUCGUGACACCUGGUCUCUCUUCCUACGGCAUCGCGAAACAAACCGACCGCCGGCUCAUCGAGUUCCUCAACGUCGAAUAUCCAGAUAUGAAGGCUUUCUCGCUAGAUCCUGGGGUUGUGAGGACGGAGAGGACGAGCGAUAUGUUCAGGCCCUUUGCGUUUGAUAGUCCAGAGCUAGUCGGCAUGUUCUCGGUUUGGCUAGGCGGCGGAAGAGCGGAUAAGCUCAAGGGCAGUUAUGUGCAUACUACAUGGGAUGUAGAAGAGUUAGAAAGAGAAGCAGACGAUAUAGUCGGGCGGGGUACACUGAAAGACAAGUUUCCGGGGAGCUUGCUGGUACAAGAGGGUGUAACCUGGGGAAACCAGAUCCCUGGACCGGAAAGACAUUUGUAA